GAUGUAGAGAGUGGGAUACGAAUUUCGCAGAAACAAUUCCAAGAUGGUAAAUGGGAAUGAUUAUUAGUAUACAGUAUCUCUCUGUUCUUCACCCUUUCUUCCCCAAUUUACAAUUAUCUAAAAUUGUAAGAACCCUAAUUGAAGCUCAAGAAGGAGAUAGGAAAGGGGUUUUGAUCGAAUUUUGAGGGUAGAACUUCUACUUUCCUAUGGACCAAAUACUCAACAAGGUCGGAUCGUACUGGUUGGGUCAAAAGGCUAACAAGGAGAUCAAUUCCGUCGGCGAUGACAUUAAUUCACUUGGAAGCAGCAUAGGGAGCGGCACCUCAUGGUUAGUCAACAAACUCAAAGGGAAGAUGCAGAAGCCAUUGCCGGAGCUACUAAAAGAGUAUGACUUGGCUGUUGGUAUCUUCCCAAGGGAUGCUACCCACUACGAGUUUGAUGAGAGAACGGGAAAGCUUACUGUAUAUGUUCCUCAAAUAUGUGAAGUCGGCUACAAGGACUCGUCAGUUUUGCGGUUUUUUACCACCGUCACAGGGUAUCUUGAAAAAGGGAAGCUUGCUGAUAUAGAGGGUUUAAAGACAAAAGUAAUGAUCUGGGUAAAAGUGACGGCCAUUACUGCUGAAGGUUCAAAGCUCCAUUUUACGGCUGGAGUAAAGAAAUCUCGAAGCAGGGAGGCUUACGAGGUUCUUCGCGAUGGGGUAGGUGUAGAUAAGUUCUGACUUGACCCUGAAUAAUUUGUCAUUACUUCUUGGCAUUGUAUCUUUAUCCACUGUAACAUGAUUUCAAUUUUCUGAGUGUUGUAACUUGUAAUUGGUAAAUGUAAGCUUAGUCAACUGUGUAUUCUGUUAUGACAACAUAUACUGGUGCUGUAAUGCGUUGUUAGAUUUUAUGCCAAAGUUAAGAAAGAAAACGAAUUUCAGAUAAUGA